AUGCAUAUUAAGGCGCACCAGAAAGUGAGCUUAGAAUUGGAAAAAGGAAACGAGCUGGCGGACACAGAGGCAAAACAGGUGGCCAAAACGGAGGUAAGAACUGAAGGGGCUUUAAUCCCUGACGGACAAACCUCCCUAGAAGAUCCUCUCGAGUUUGUCACAGCCUCAGGAAGAGUUCAGAAACUCGCAGUCGGGAAGGCUUUGUCUAACGCCUUUCAGAUCCUCCUCGUAGUCCUAGAGAAUGGGAAAUUGGCCAUGGAGUACAAUUCCUCCCAAGAGGAGCCCGCAGACUCCCUAACAGAAGAGGAACUGAAGGGACUUGUUCAGGUCCAUGAAUUGUCCUUGGAGCGGUUUGACCUCGAAGAAGAAGUUUUGUCUGACCUCAGUUUUGAUGAUGAGCUCCCUGGCUGGGAGAUGCCAUCUAAUUAG